GGUCCUCCAGGGCUUCUUGUUGUCGUCCCCUCUCACUGGCCGGAGGCUGAGGCUGUGGCUGUGGAGCCUUGGCCGGAUUGAGUCAAACUGCACCGGCGGCGGAGACGAGCGUCGACGAGGACGGCAAGUUGGUUCGGGUGAGGGCAGCUCGGGGCAUCAGCCGACAGUAGGUGAAGUGAUGGCGCUUUUGGUUGGAGAGGCAACUGGUUGGGCGUUUGAAGUUUGGGAUUGACUGAUCAAAGUCAUACUGCUUGGCUGCACACAAGGGGCAAUCUACAGAAACCAAUUUACCUGCCAACUCACGCAUGUGUGAGAAAACCAGAAUAUCCAGAGGAAACAAAAUGUCGACGGGGAUAUGAUGCAACUCCAUACGUAGCACCUGAGAGCUGACACUGUUCAAUUAUGGAUUAGGCUUGCUCAAGUGACUUGGAAUUUGAAAAGUGGGAAAGAAGAUGUCUUGCUGUGAGUUUAUUGUGUUAUACACUAUUCAGAAAAAACAAAAAACAAAGAAAUGGCAUGAUGGUGUUUUAAAGACCAGUUCUUCUGGGAAUAAGGCAACUUUGUAUGACGAUAAAGGACUUUGUCUGGAUCAUAUAUAUAUCAAAUUUGGAGAGAUAAAAUCAGGCAAGGAAUUUGAAAGCGAUCGAUAUUUAAUCACCGUUGAAGAGGAGAAAAUUUCUCAGGAACAGGGCACUAAUUUUGUCAGACAAGAAGAAGUUACAAAACCAGCCAGAACUAAUGUAAUUCUCACAAAUCCAGCUCGAUGUCACUUGCCUGUGGGUCUGAAACGAAAGCAUAUUGGCUUCCAAGGACCUCGGGAGAUAUCAAAGAAACUGACAUUGGAGCAGAAAGAUGAAUUAUGUGAAGUGACUAAAUCCCAGCAGCCAACCACUUCAGUCCAUCAUCUUUAUGCUACUUCACCCCUUUUUUCUACUAUGUGCAUAAAGGAAACCUUAAGUUAUUCUGCUACUUUUCAAAAGGAAUCCUCAGAAACAAAUAAAAGAUGUUUAAAAAGUGAAAGCACACUAUGUUCUAAAUUACCUGGCACACUGGCACUGAGUCAUUACCCUAAGUUGAAGGACAGUGAAGAAAUGAACAUUUCUUAUUCAACAGAUGCUGGGUUUACUACAGUGACUUCCAUUUCUGCAGGGUGUUCCCAUAAUAAUGGAACACAUGAAAAUAAGAGGAGCAAAGAACAAAUUUUAGCACUUCUAGAUGGAAAAAGUGGAUCAAACUGUAGUAGGUUAGAAACUCUUCAAACUUAUCCACAGGAGCCUACAGUUGACACUCACAUUGCUCAUACAACAGAUGUAUCUGACUGUCACACUGGUUUUCCUCCUUGUGAAACGGCGGAUACUAGACUGGUACCACAUCAUGAUAUGGAAUUGCUCACAGACUGUGAUUUAACUGGAAAGUUGUAUGAAAGUUUAGGUAGAGGAAGUUCUUGGAAUAGUCAAGGAAUGCAACAGAAGUGUGAGGAGAAGGAAGAUUCAUCUAAUUUAGGCACAAGUGAACAGACCAAACCAAGGGCGAUUUGUACAACUGUCAGGGAAACAGUGGGCGAUAAUGUUUGCAAGGGAAAUGAAUGUUUUAUCAAAACGGAUAAUCCAUCUAAGGAACUGCUUUCCACAACUGACAAUGAUCAUUUUAAGCAACCAAUUGCACAAGUAGAAUUGGACACCAUUAACGCUAGUAAUUUUGCUGAUAGAAACUUCGAUCUACUCGGUAAACUUAUCUCUGAGAAAAUUGGAACAACUAAUCUGAAUGAAAAUGAAAUAUUACCACAGAGAUCAUUGAACAUGCUUGGUACCUCUUCUGAAUCCAUUCCAGCACUUUCCAAACUUAAAGGUAUGGAGGUCCAUCAAGCUGAACACAUAGAAUUGGAAGCUCAGUCACCUGCUGCUGAAGAGAAGGAUUUGGAUAUAGUUUUGCAUGGAGAGAAACAAACUGAAAUUAAAUGCAGGACUCUCCCAAACACUGUAAAUUUAUCGGAAAAACAUUCUUCAUAUGCUUGGAAGAAAUCUAUACAUGAACGGAAAGAGCCCAGGUCAAAAACUGAUAACUUCUCUGUCAUUCAUCCUCUAGAAGACACCAUCUCAGUGUUAAAGUCUUUAGCUGAACAUAGCACUGCAAUAGAAAGUUUAGAAAAGCUUAAUGUACAGAAACAUGUUGUAGACUGUGCAAUUAAUGGGGACCUGGAACAAGCAUUUAAUAAGUCAGAAGCAUUUACUGGGGGAAUGAGUGCCGAGAAUGAGGAUUUAAAGUACUGUGGUAUUUUAAGCCAGAAUCCCGGUUACUGCUCUCCAGAUUAUAAUGCAGCUAAAGUUUCAGCAGAACCUUCUUCCCAUUGUCGAAGGAAUUCAUCCACGGAAUUCCCCUGUUUGGCUGAGGCUGCAAAAUAUGUUGGAAUGUUUGAAGAACAUUUAAAUGAUAACUGUGUUGAAAGAGUAACAGUUUCUGAGAGACCACUUAGAACACUACAGGCAGCUGAAUUUAAAGGGUACCAGGUGAAGGGCUCAGCAACCAGUGACACAGUGAUCAGAAUUCCAACAGAUGAAUUAGAGCUUGAAGAAGACUUUGAAACUUUGCAUCAAAUUCCAAGAUGCUUGACAACAGAGACCAGUUUUGUAUUAUCAAAAAGUUCAAGCAAUGGCUUGUUUAAGAUUGCAGAUUUACCAAUGGAUGCACCAAGUCUCCAAGAUGAGAGCAAUUUUAAAGCUGCUGCAGAAGACGUGUGUGCUUGGUAUAAAGAUGAUCAAGUACCAGUGGAUCCUGUUUUAUCAUCAUACAUUCCCGAUUGGCUUAAUUCUUCUGCUUCACAUUCUGACUUUGAACCCAGGCAGUGGAACUUUCACAAGGUAAGAUCUCCAGUGCAACAGGUGUCUUCAGAGGAUGCAUUUGUGGACAAUGUGCUCAGAUGCUCAAAUGACAGUAAUGUGGGAGAACGUGAUUAUUCAGUGCCAAAUCACCAGCUGCGAGCCAGCAGAUGUUCCUUUGGUAAUGAAACGGCUGAUAGUUUUGUGAAAGAUGGAGAGUCGAGAAUCCAACCAGCCUUAAGACUAAGAAGUCCUCUUGUAACUUUGCCUGCAACAAACAAAAGCACCAGUCAGGCUCUUCCAUCAAAUUUUUUUUCAAGUGUAAUUGAACCCCACACUCAGUGCUCAGCUAUUUAUACAGUGAAUAGUCGGGUUUUAUGUGACUCUUCAGAAAAGUACAUGAACAAUAAUUGUAAUAUUUCUGAAAGCACUGAUCCUUACAUCAAUAAAUAUUCAAAACCAAUAGACCUUCAUUCAGCUUUACAAAGUGGAUCCAACAAGUGGCUGAAAUAUCAAAUUUCAACACCAACCAAUCCAGCAUCCCUGAAUGAUGAUGACCACAGUGAAGAAAAUCAUAUGUUUAAGCAAGGGAAUGAAAAAGCACCAGCAAUUCAGGAAAAUAUAAAAGAGUCACUUUCUGUUCAGCUAAUAAAAGACGAACUGCUCAAACAGAAUGGAAGUAUAUUGGCAGAAAAUAAAACCUGUUCUGCAACAAGCAUUAGUUCCAUAUGUAAAGGGUACAGUGUACCACGCAAAGCAAGUUGUAUUCUUAACAGGAAAUGUUCUAACAUCACCUCACUUUCUGAGUUGCACUUCCCCAAACCUGAUGUAGCACAAGGAGUGAAGACUCUUAAGAGACAAGUAACUAUUCCAGCUACCUUCCUCAAUGCUGCACAUUAUAAAGACGUUUUCAUAGCAGUAAUAACAGAACAUCUCAACGUUUUGCUCUAUGAUCUAUCUCAAAAAUUUCACAGAGCUUUGUCAAAAGUUGACAUGUCUCAAUAUUCUUCAGAAAAAGCAAGCAAUACUAAAAAAGAAGGAAAUUAUGUCCCCCUUUGUCAACAUCAACAGCCUGCCAAGCUUGUCAUGGUUAAAAAGGAAGGUCCAAAUAAGGGUCGUUUAUUUUAUACUUGUGAUGCCUCAAAAACCGACCAGUGUAAAUUUUUCAAGUGGUUCGAUCUUGUUCAGCCCAUUGAAUUGAGUCAGAAAUUAGAGCCUCAGUCAAAAUUGGAGCUGACUGAUGCCCGGAGUUUGGGUGCCUUCAUUAGAAGCCAAAAUGUUCCAUUAUACUGUGAAUGUCAACUCCACAUAAGGAAAGCAUCUGGUUUUCAAAGAAAACAAUUUUAUCGUGGCAAGUGGAAAGAAUCAUUAAAGGAUGAGAAUUUGGAAAACUGCUGUAAGACUAAAUUGUAUCUUUGGUUGAGCAGGAAAGAGCACUCAUCAGUCUACAGUAAAGAUGAUCUCUGGGUUAUAUCAAAAACAUUGAAAUUUGAUCCGCUUGACACUUUCAUUGCAUGCAGUGUUUUCUAUGGGCCAUCAUCAACCAGUGAAAUAGAACUUCUCCCACUGAAAGGCUAUUCUCCUUCUAACUGGCCUGCAGACAUGGUUGUUCAUGCUUUGUUCGUUGGUAAUGUUAGCACGGAGCUAACUUCUCUGAGAAAUCUGCAGGAAAAUGUUCACCUAGCUUCCCUUCCUCUGAUGCCACACUUGCUCAAAAUGCCUGGUGAUAUAGAUGAAACAAUAAACAACUCUGCAAGGCAACAGUUUGUUUCUCCUACAUUAAUGAAGCCGUCAGUAAUGAGUGGAUUGUUAUGUAAAGAAAAGACAAUGAUGUUGGCAAUGGAAAUGAUACAGAAGUUCCACCUGAAUACAGAUCAAGGAGCUGCCUUCAGACAGGUAGCUCUUAUGAUGGCAAAAGAAGAAAAUUCCCAGGAUCUCAUUCUGCCAGUCACUGUCAUACAUGGUGUCUAUGGAGCUGGGAAGAGCUAUCUAUUAGCUGUUAUGAUUUUGUUCCUUGUACGUCUUUUUGAAGAAAGUGAAGCAACUGAAGGCGCCAAACAAGUUCAAUGGAAACUUCUCAUCUCUGCCUCUACCAAUGUUGCUGUGGACAGAGUGCUACUUGGGCUUCUGGAACUUGGAUUUGAUAAAUUUAUCAGAGUUGGGAGUAUUCGGAAGAUUGCUAAAUCCAUCUUGCCAUAUGGUUUACAUGCAGGUAGUGAUACUGAAGAAAUACGAGAACUACAGGCUCUCCUCAAGGAUGAUCUGACGCCAGUAGAAAAAGUGCAUGUGAGGAGGUGUAUUGAACAGCAUAAACUGGGCAGGAACAGAGCAAUGCUCAAAGAGGUGCAAGUGGUGGGAGCUACUUGUGCUGCUUGCCCUUUUCAGUGUAUGAACAACCUGAGCUUUCCAUUGGUGUUACUGGAUGAAUGCAGCCAAAUUACAGAACCAACUUCUCUCCUUCCUAUUGCGAGGUUUGGAUGUGCAAAGUUGAUCCUUGUUGGAGACCCAAAGCAGUUGCCACCUACAAUCCAAGGCUCUGAAAGUGUUCAUGACGCUGGUUUGGAACAGACUCUCUUUGACAGAAUGUGCUUGAUGGGUCAUAAACCUAUUAUGCUUAGGACUCAGUACAGAUGCCAUCCUACUAUAAGUGCUAUAACCAAUGAACUCUUCUACAAUGGUAGUCUUAUUGAUGGUGUUUCUACUUUGAAUUUGAAACCUUUAUUGGACUGGUUGCCUACACUUUGCUUUUAUAAUGUCAAAGGACAUGAACAGAUGCAGAUGGAUGGCAGCUACCAUAAUCUGGAGGAAGCAACAUUCACUGCAAAACUCAUCCAGUCCUUGAUAGCUAGUGGAAUCGAAGGAUCUAUGAUUGGAGUGAUAACAUUAUACAAAUCUCAGAUGUUCAAGUUAUGUGGAUUACUUAAUUACACUGCUCAAUGUGACCUGGCUGAGAUUAAAGCAGUUCAGGUUUCAACAGUGGAUGCUUUCCAGGGAGCAGAGAAAGAAAUUAUUGUGUUGUCUUGCGUGAGGACUCGACAAGUUGGAUUUAUAGACUCUGAAAAAAGAAUGAAUGUUGCUCUGAGCAGAGGAAAAAGACAUUUGCUAAUAGUAGGCAAUCUGACUUGUCUUAGAAACAAUAGACUAUGGGAAAAAGUGAUUCAUCACUGUGAAGGAAAAGAAAAUGGCUUGAAGCAUGCAUGGCAGUGUGAACCAGAGCUAGAAAAGAUUUUAAAAUCUUAUGAUGACCAGAAGUUAACAGAAAAUGGCCAGAAAGAAAAAAGAAAACUAAAGUCCAGAAGCAGAUUUGUUCUGCCUGAAGGGGACAAUCAGACAAUUAAUACCUCAGAAAUUUCUGAAGUAAAUGAAACACAAGAGAUGUAGGAUUGGCUAAAUUAUCCAAGCUGAUUAAUCACUGGCAAGUCACUUAAUUUAUUACUCCUCCUUUGGAGCAUGUAUCCCAUGAAUGCCUCCCAAAUCAUUUAGAAAAUUCAGUCUUUGUUUAUGUCUAUCAAUACAGCAGGGGGAUUGUCCAAGUACCAAGGGGAGGAAUUAAGAUGCAUCUUUUGAACUAGCUACAAGGCAGCUAAAGGACUGAAUUAUAGUGUUAGUCCAGCCACAUUGCAGACUUGCCAUCUAUAGUGCACACUCAGUUUUCCCAGAUCCUUUGUAGCAUAAAAUUAAGGGGUGAGGUGUGAACUCCUUCCCCCCACUGCCACCAGCAAUAUUUCUGAUUCAGUGAUAGAUCCAAUUGUAGAGCAGGAGAUCUUUUGAUGUGCAAUCUGAUCUCCAGUUCACCUCAGAACCAUGGAACAUCUAGGAAUCAAGCAACCCAGUUUGGUCCCAUGUGUAACAGAAAUGUCAAUUUAAAGCCACAAAAGUAUCAUAUUUGUUUUCCAGUUGAAACUGCGUGUCCUCCUGAGUCCACCAAAUUUAAUGGCCUGGAAUAAAUAGAAAGCCAUGUGAAAUGACAAAAGGCUGACACCGCAAGAUCACAACUGAAUUUUCCAGUUUCCUUUUCCCCUGUUUUAUUGCCAUCCAUGUGUCCCCAAGCCUACAUUUCCUCCAUGUACCAUUUGCUCCUUACUAUUUCACAUUUUAUCAUUACUAUACUCCUUCAGCCUGCUUCUAAACAUUUCUUUAAGUUAGUGUAUAGGAAUAGGAGCAUUUAAGUAUGAAAUGCUUUAUGCUUUAAACUUAUUUUAAAAAAAAGGCAAAGAUAUCAACAUAUGACCCAUAACAUUACAUAACAACCGAGAAGAACACAAAACAUUACAAUGCAUGGAAUGACAACAAAAAGAGUGAAUUCAGUUGACACAAGUGCAUCAAUUUUAUGCUGAUUGGUCUGAAAGGAACACGGAACUCGAUCUUGAGUGACAAGAAGGUAUACUUCAAGAUGAUCAGAUAGAAUUUUGUCUGGUGGAUAUGGAAAAUGAUAACCUUUUUCCUCCUAGCAGCCAAAUUUAAAAUAUAUGUAGGAACUGACUUGUUGUUGGAGAUGUUUCCUUCUGAAUGCAAGGAGAAGUGUUGGGUUGUAUUUAAUUGCACAUUUUAUAAUCACAUCUGCCUUCAAACCAAAGUCCUGCAAAGUAAUAAAUCAAUAAGAUGCCGUUAUGUUGUAACAUAGCAUUUAGCUUCCAUUCCUGCAAUUCAACAAAACCCCCAUCAGUAGGAGGGUUUGGUAGUAGACUUUUCUCUGCAGCUGCUAUUACAUGUUUUUGGCUUGGUGAAUUUUUUACUUACAUGUUUCCCUUCUCAUUAAAUUGUGUUUUUCGUUAAUCUGAUAUGGCAAAGUGCAUUGUUUCUACAACGGCGGUGGCUCAUGUCGGGUGCAGUCUGGUUAACGUUUCUUGCUUGAAGCAGAACUAUACUUACCCAUAUUCGUCUUACAUAAGGCUAACAUCAGACAAAAUAAAAAUUUAUUCAUCCACUACUUCUGGGUUGGUCUUGAAUACUAGUCUCAGAAAGAAAUGAACAAAGUGAUAAUCUGUUUUCCAGUUUCAGCAUGCUUUUUCAUUCUUUUAAUAAUUUAAGCUUUCCAUUUACCAAUCUAACCAAAAGAGAAUAGAUUCAACCUAGCUGUAAUAAGUAGGUAUGAGCAACAAACACUUGGGGUGAAUAAAUAAAAUCAGCACUAAAUUGCAGGGUAGCUUGUAAAUAUUUAUUUGUAUGCAGAAAUAAUAUAUUUUAGAUCAUCAGAAAAUUGAGAAAUAUCUUAGAAUUUCAUUUUUCUGACAUUUAUUCAUUUCAUUUAAUUGUUUAAAUAGCUAGAAAUCAAUGUUUAGAAGUUUUAAGAAAAUUACUGCAAUUUACUGUGAUAUGAACAAUAGUAAAUACUUUGUAUAGUAAUAAAGGAAAAUUAUACAUUGUACAGACCACAUUUAACAAAAUAAAAAUUGAUUUACUGUAAGUACUUUCAAUCUUUGUUCUAAGCAAUGGAAAAUGCUUAACAUUUCCUUUAGUGUUGUAAAUAGUUUUGUAAUACUGUACUG